AUGUCGGAUUUGCAGGGCCACCCGACAGAUUCCUUACUUUUUCAGUUGUGCACCCAGAAGCGGAUUGCGUUGACAAUGCUCCCAGCCGACAAGCCAAUCUAUUUCGCUGCCCGAGACUUUCCCGUGCUGUAUGACAGGAUCGAGCUCAUGGCUAAUGAUCUCAAGGAUGCAAGACCAAGCUCAAUCUUCAGUCUGAUGAAAGACAGACGUGAUACUUUGACGUGGUGGACAUUUUGGCUUGUGGCUAUGUUCGGCGGCAUUAGCAUUCUUUUGACUUUGGUUCAAGUUAUCUUACAGGGCGUGUCAAUGAUGUAG